AUGGAAGGGCAGGCCAUGAGAAGCGCGGCAAAUCUACCUGAAGAAAUACCUUUGAAUAAAUUGAUGCAACAAGAAAAUGAAGAAAUCCAAACAGAAAAAAAUCAUCGAAGAUACGAAUAUCAUAGAAAUGCGACAUUAUUAAAGACCACUUCUAUUAAGAGAUAUUCUAGACGAUUUGCCAGAUUUCGUUCUGAUGAUUUUUCACUGAAAAAUGCUCAAAGAUCUGGCCGUCCAGUUAAAAUCGAUGAGAUCCAUAUCAAGGUCAUUAUCGAUUCAGGUCGUCAUAGUACAACACGUGAUAUUGCGGAGAAGCUCAAUGUAUCUUAUACAUACAUCGAUAAAAAAUUUAAAAUGCUUGCUUAUGUCAAGAAACUCGACUUAUGGAUCCCUCACCAGCUUAAGGAAAUUCAUAUGACGCAACGCAUUAGCAUCUGCGAUUCGCUUCUGAAACGCAACGAAACUGAUCCAUUUUUGCAAAGCCUAAUUACUGGCGAUGAAAAAUGA